AUGGAGUUUUCUACGCCCUUCCUGGCUACUUCAGUGGUCAAGACGUCUUCACAGCUAGAGUCCGCCGGGCGCACUGUGACAUCAAGCACCACGCGAGCAGGAGUUCACGCCUCGGCACUCUCCACCUUUAUGCGCAACGAACCAGCUUGUGGAUUGCGACCUGGUCCAAGGUUGCCCACAACAUCAAGCCUGGGUAGCGCCAAAACGCAACCUACUGACUCGUCGCUGUCCGCCUGUCUUAUAGUCUGUGAAAUAUCUUUGAUAGGCGAAUUACGAAAAGGCAAGUCGGUGACUCAGGUUAAGCUCGGCUUCUCGGCCGAACCCUCUCCCCACUAUCUCACUAGAACCAACCAUCAGUUGCGUAACAGCCAAAAGUCGCACACAUUUUUGGCGCAAGAGUCAACUUUGGAAAAGUGUUGA